AUGCUAAUAGAGAAAUAUGACGAGAAACCAAAGUUCGAGAUAGGAUUUUCUCCAUUCUAUUUUAUUUCGUAUCCCUUAUAUAAUAUUCAAUGCAGAAGCAUAUUAUAUAAAUAUCUAAACCAUUAUGAUGAGAAUGUCAAAUAUAGUCCCUUGGUUAACAUCAACAAUUUAAAUAUAAAAACGUAUGUCCUUUAUAUAUUUAAAAGCUUGCACCAGAUUUAUGACGAUGAGGGAAUAAGCGGAUUAUACAAAGGGUUAAUACCCAUGUUGGCUCAUAUAAUAUCCAAGAAGUCGAUUUACUAUUUGCUAGAAAAAAUACACUUUAUCAUAAGGAAAAGAAAAAAUUUACAGAGAAAUCAAUACAAUAGUAGAAAGGAAUCAUCAAAAUAUGGAAAUGGAUUUACAAAUGAGAAUGAAUUCGAGAAUGAAUGCGAAAAUGAAUGCGAAAAUGAAUGCGAAAAUGAAUACGAAAAUACAAGCAAUUUCAUUGGAGAUGCAAUAAAUUUGCGAGUUGUUAAACAACUGAAUUUUGUUAAUGACGAAAAUGAUUUCAUAAAAAAAAAAAAAAACAAGAAAUAUUUCCAUUUAUCAUUUUAUCACAGCUUUUACGAGUACCUUAGUUGCAUUUUAUCCUAUCCCCUCUUGAAUAUAUCAACCAAGUUGAUUAUUUUUCAGAACAAUUCCAUGUCACUCAUAAAUAAUCUGAAAAGUAUUGUUCACUUGACUUACACAUACGACGGAAUCUAUGGGUUCUUCAAAGGAUUACAUAACUACCUACUGAUACUAUCUAUGGAGAAAAUACUCAAUUGUUUUUUGUACAGAACCUUUUCUGACACCUGUUCCUAUGACAAGGUGCUUACUAUUAAGGUGGUCUUAUCAACAUGCUUAAAUACCAUCAUGGCUCCCUACAUUCAGUACUCCAUCCUCAACAGAUCUCAGUCGCUUGUUCCGGGACUUUGCAAAGGUACAACUUUUAACACCUUUUUUUGCAACUUCCAUUGGAAAAGUCAUCUAUCGAAUGUAUCCAUUGGUUUAGCAGUAGCUGGGAUUCAGCUAAUAAUUAUAGCGUUUAUACCAAAGGAUUCUUCAAAAACCGAUGAAGUUAUGGACCAAGAAAAAGAUGAAUAUUUUUGA